GUGUCAAACGUCUAGUACAGAACCGGGACAAUACCGAAACAAGGCAUUACCCUGCGAGAUUUAUUACAAUAUAACCGACACAUGAUGUUAUAAUAGACCGAUGCCAUACAUGCCCACCACAAUAUAGACAUCAACCCUCCACCAUUUGAUCAUGACAAGCCGAAACCUCUCCUUGCGUGCCUUUUCUGCUCGGUGUGCCUUGCGCCCAUCGUAUCGCCAACCAUUGUUCAUCCAGGCCCGCCGCUUGUCAGACAAUGGCGCGACAGGUAGCGUCACGCAACUGCUCGAGAGAAUCCAAACCACGACUAAGGCGUAUCUCGACUUUGUAAAGUCCCAGAAUCUACCUGAGCCAUCUUUCCAGUAUGGCGACAGGCUGGACCCUCGCCAGCCUCUCCCACAAGAAGCUGCAGAGGCCAGGGAGGCUGCAUUAGAAGCUACUUACGAGCUGAAUCAUUUACUACAAGGCCCAUUCCAGCUCCUCAUAAAUUCGUCCGGCGAGCAAUUGUUCCUCCUCAGCCUUCAAUACAUCUACCGCCACAAGGUCGCUACGCACGUUCCGAUAGAAGGCGAUAUCACCUUAGCGAAGCUCGCUGAAGCAACAAAUCUCAAUAUCAAAGACCUAACUCGGUUCCUCCGCGUAGCAAUUAGCUGCCAUGUCUUCCACGAGCCAGUAAAAGGCACUAUAGCCCAUACCGCAGCAUCCAAACUCCUCAUCAAUAACCCUAUGAUCGAAGCCUGGCUACUCAACAUCGCGCAAGAAUUCUGGCCCGCCUUCGCCCGCACCGUCGACGCAACAGUAAAAUGGCCCGGCUCCGAAGAACCAAAUGAAACCGGCUAUUCCCUCGCCCACGCCACAACCUCCCACCCCUUCGACGAAAUCCGCAAAGACCCCACCCGCCAUCAGCAAUUCAUCACCGCAAUGCGCUUCUCCCAUCUCCACCCGGCUUACCACCUCUCCCACCUCAUGAACAACUACGAUUUCAGCCCAGCUCGCACCAUCGUCGAUAUCGGCGGCUCAAACGGCGAGGUCAGCGUCGAGAUCGCUUCCCGCUAUCCCCACGCCCGGUGUAUCGUGCAAGACCUCCCGGAUACGAUCGCCGGGUUGGAAGCCCGCGUGCCUCCAGCUCUCCGGGCCCGCGUAACGGGCAUGGCGCACGACUUCCUUACCCCGCAGCCCGUCCAAGCGGAUCUAUAUCUCCUACGCUGGAUCCUGCACGAUUGGUCGGAUAAGUAUUGUGUGAAGAUUCUGCGGAGCCUUAUCCCGGGAUUGAGGAAGGGAGCUAAGGUUGUUGUCAAUGAUGUUUGUAUUCCCGAGCCGGGGCAGGUAGGGAUUAAAGCCGAACGGGAGUUGAGGUUUAUGGAUAUUGCGAUGAAGGCGUUUAAUAAUGCCCGGGAACGAGAUGUGCAGGCUUGGGAGGAGUUGUUUACCGAGGCAGAUAGCAGGUUUCGGUUCUUGGGCGUUUCAGUGCCGCCUGGGGCGAGGAUGGCUAUUAUUGAGGCUGAGUGGAUGGGCUGAGGUGGGUGCUAGGUUGAUUUGCUUGUGUAUAGGAUUGGUAGAGCUUUGAAGGUAGGGGUGCCGUAAGGGUAGAGAGAUUGGCGGGCGGGGCUUAUAUAUAGUAUCCAUGGAGAUAUGCAUUGCGAUGUCAAGUGGAUAUGUGCCAAACGCUAAGCCUGGGCUGUGCAACCGUUGGAUCAGGUGUAUUUAAGCGGGCUAUACUUUUCGCUUGUCUGUCUCCUGGAACUACACGGGAGAUCUUGCUACGCAUGUCUGAUAUGAUGUUAUGAGAGAUUUGUGGUGAUUUUUGGGUGGACUUUGGAUCCAAUUGUAAAUGUGACGAUUGGUGAUCAAGUAGUUCAAUAUGAGAGACGAUAUUAGUCAAUAAUGCCUUCCUCUUUGUUAGGACACGCAAAAAGGA